AUGGGUUGGUUCGACUUCGGCAGUGACGAGCACCAGGCUCACGAGGAGCUCACCAACUUCGACGGUUCCGAGGAGCACAAGGCCAAGUUCAGCCACGAGCUCAUCGCUGGUGCCGCUUCCUUCGAGGCCAUGAAGGCCUACGAGGAGCACCAGGAGCGUAACGGCAAGCCCGAGAGCCACGAGAUGGCCAAGGAGCUCCUUGCCGGCUUCGCUGGUGCCUUCAUCGACCGUGAGGUUGAGACCAAGGGCUUGGACUUCAUCGACCGUGAGAAGGCUAAGCGCCAGGCUGAGCGUCAGCUGGAGGAGGCCUCCCGCCAGGACUACUACUAA